CGGCCGCAUGUGGCCAAAGCCGCGCGCGUUCGUUCAUUCUUUCGUGUAGCUGCUGGGUCGGGGGAGAACGUGGCCCCGGGAAUGGAGCGGAGCCCGGGCGAGUGCGAGCAGGAGCAGGAGGCUGCGCGCUGCAGCCUGCUGGACGCGGUGCUCAGCUCCCUGUAUGAUCUCGGAGACGAGCCGUUAGAUAAAAAUGAAAAGAAAAAGAUCCAAAAGAAAAAUGUGGAGAACAAGAUGGUGUCAGAACCUUCCAGAACAGUAAUGGAAGAUAGAGAUGUGUGCCCUGAUUCAGCAAUCCCAGGCAAAAGGAAGAGUGCUUCCAGUUUCUUCAAAAAACUGAAAAAUGAGAUGCAUCAUGACUCUGAUUCAAAACAAGCCACCCCAGAAACCAGGGCUUCUAAUGCUGUGUCACCCGAAUCUACGCAACAGGGAAAGACAACAGAAGUGGAAGUUGUGACAUUUUGUGGUCGGAAUAAAAAGAAGAAACCUAAAGUGGAACUCACUCAGGACAGUGUUUCAAAGACAAAGAUGGCUAUUCCAGAGAAAAAUGUGAAUGCACCAGAAUUUAAUUUAGAAAAAGCCCGUCUGGAAGUACACAAAUUUGGAAUCACUGGAUAUGAAAAGAAAGAACAGCGGAUAUUGGAACAAGAACGUGCCAUCAUGCUGGGAGCCAAGCCUCCCAAAAAGGAAUAUUUGAACUACAAGAUUUAUCAACAGAAAAUUAAAGAGGAGAAAACAGUGAAGAAAGAAGAUUAUAGUAUGGAAUAUGAAUCUAUCAAGAAAAAGAAGAAAAAGGGUCAGGAGCAGAGGAAAUACAAAAAGAAAAAGUCAGCAGUCAGUGCUGUGCCAACAGGACAGGUUGGAAAAUUUAAAAAUGGGACAUUGAUUCUUAGAGGUCGUGACCUAAGGAAAAUUAAAUCGUCAAAAGUGGUUAAAUGACAUUGUUACACCACAUCAAAACAGAAAGUGAAAAUGAGCUAGAAUUAAUUUCCUAACUGAAAAAUGUCUACAUAGCCAAUAUUUCUUUGCUCUAUUUUAAUACCUGUCACAAUACCUUGGGAUUUUUUGUUUUUUGGGGUUUUUUUUAUUUAUUUAUUUUUUUUAACCUCAACAGCACUGAGUUUCCACUCUGAGGAGAACAUAAAAUGCAUUGUUACAUCAUAAAUUCUGAGUAAGAAAAAAAUAAGUUGUUUUUUCCUAUUGAUAAGUAACCUAAUUAAACUAUUACUUUCAUUGACUAACAAAGAUAUUGUACUUUAUUAGUCUGAGAACUGUUCACUUUGCAAGCUGAAAAUUACUCGGGUGUUGUCUCAAUGCAAAAGUGACUUAUGUUUGUUUUGCGUUUUUUUUAAACUGAAGCAAAAAAGUUUAGCUGUUUGUGAGUAUGAGGACAGUGAGGACAUAGCCCAAGAUUUUCUAUUUAAAAGUAACAUUAUUUGGAUGUUUAAAAAAAAAAAAUAAAAGCGCAAACAGCUCUUGCACUGAAAUACAACCAUAGGUGGGCAACUCAAGUUUAGCAGGGAGAAUACCCCUCACUAUAGAGUCCAUGCUUCUGAAUGUCCUGGUGACAAUGGGCAGGCAGUUGGCCCAAUAAUGACAGUUCAGAAAGCACACUUCAUACAUGCACGGCACCAGGGAUGGAUUAAGGCAAUCUCGGGCCAUGUGGAAGGUAUGACAGAGCCCUCCAGCAUGGCUCUUCUCUCCUCACAAAGAAGCAGGAGCAUCAGCAUGGGAUUCCCUUCUCCCCGGGAGUGGCGUUGUAUGUUGUCCUCUCCUCAGUAGAUGCAGAAGGGGCUCACCCACUUCUACCUCCCCAGUGAAGGGACAGCAGCCAGGGCUCCCCAGUACUUCAUCUCAACUGCCAGGGCAUAUUUGUCAAUGGGUUGUCCUCUGUGGGGGUGGUGUUGGGACAGUCCCCCAAAGUAGGGUCUUGGCAUUAAUACCCCAUUGAAAUGCAAGGGGCAGUUCAGACCUCUUGUAGCUACUGCUUAGGGUUCUCAACUAACUCAGGCAAACAUAAGAACUGCCAUACUGGGUCAGACCAAAGGUCUAUCAGGCCUAGUAUCCUAUCUUCCAACAGUGGCCAAUGCCAGGUGCUUCAGAGGGAAUGAACAGAACAGGUAAUCAUCAAGUGAUCCAUCCCCUGUUGUCCAUUCCCAGCUUCUGGCAAAUAGAGGCUAGGGACAGCAUCCUUGCUAAUAGCCACUGAUGGAUCUAUCCUCCAUGAAUUUAUCUAGUUUUUUUUUUUGAAACCCUCUUAUAGUCUUGGCCUUUACAACAUCCUCUGGCAAAGAGUUCCACAGAUUGACUGCGUUGUGUGAAGAGCAUCACUGCAUUAAUUACUCUGUUCAUGUUUUCAAGGGCUACUUUGCAACCCUAAGGGCUAGAAUUUUUUUUUAUUAUUAUUAUUUUAUAAUCUUAAAAUGAGUGUUCCGAUCCUAACAAUUGCCUGACUCCUGAGGUGGGGGUCACAGGCACAUGCUUAUGCCUUAAUCCAACCCUGCAUGAUCCUUGAGCUGUGAUAUGUUUAGCCACUUUCACCACCAUUCUAAACAAAGACUAAAUUGCAUCUGUUUGGGCUAACUUGGGUAUGCAGCAAAUGAGUCGUUUUUGCAUAUUGAGCAUUGUCCACUGAGCAUGCUUGGUAGAAAAUGUUAAAUUGACAUUAUAUGCUCAGAGAUGAGUUCACUGCAAAGCCAAGUGCUUAUGUUUCAAAAUUGGUUAAGACAGCAGUUGAGUUUUGCCUCCCUGCUAUGUUGUAACUUGAAUUUUCACACUCACUGCCAGCCCCUCCAGCCCACUUCUUCUCUGCUCCACCUUUUAGUUAAGGUAGCUCAAGCUUUUUUCCUUGGCUUCAGUUGCUUAGAUCCCUUGAACUUUAUGGGUGCUUAGACCCUAGUGAGCUUAGGAAGCUUAUAGGGAUGAAGCCACCUUAACAUUUAUGCAGGAGCAAAGCUUCAGUCAUAAAGAGCUCCUAAUCUUUGCAGAACUAGAGCGCAAACCUCAUGGGAUCUGUUAAGGAGCUGAGCAGCACUGGAUGCAACAUUUUUCUUUAUAUAAUCCCUCUCCUCCCUACAAAAAAAACCUAGAAAAUUAAGUGCCAAAACCAGCAAUGUUAUAGUUGCUCAUAAAAGCAGUACACUCCGGAAAUGCAGAAGGCUGAACACACAAGCCUAAUUCUUCCUCUUGUAUUAUAACUGAAAAUUCUCAUAUGCUCAUGCUGUUGAAAUGUUAUACUGACAAACAGUAACUCUUAAGGUAGUUAUAUUACACACAUGUAGAACUCCAGCAAAGAGUCCUGUGGCACCUUAUAGACUAACAGACAUAUUGGGUAUUCACCCACAAAAGCUCAUGAUCCAAUACGUCUGUUAGUCUAUAAGGUGCCACAGGACUCUUUGCUGCUUUUACAGAUCCAGACUAACAUGGCUACUCCUCUGAUACAUGUAGAACUCCGUGUUUCUGGUUAAAUAUGUAGCUUUAAUUACUGUUAAGUAAAAAUGGUAAAACUUAUGUAAUGAGCAAUGCCAUUGAGUUAAACGUUGGAGGUAGAAAAUGCAAUGAAAUGUGAGUGGUAUACAACCAGUACUGACUGGACUAGUAGCAAAAGAAAGCUGAUGACUUACUUUAUUCUGCCUUCUUCCUGGGUGAAGGAGGGAGAAUCUCUGCAUCCUGCUGGAAUUGAGAGGUUCCCUUUCCUUAAGUGCUCUUCCUUCCAGUCCUCACAUCCUAAUCACAAGCUUUCUGACAAUCCCCAGAAAGGCUGCAGCCAUCACUAUUGAGUCUUCCCUCUUCCAACACCUGUUUCUUCCCCACCCAGCUUUUACCAACCUGUGGAGCCAGGGAGUGGGGCAUCAAACCUAGGUCUCCUGCAGAAUGCUAUCCUGACACUAUGAUUACCCCUGCCUUUAUGCUUGAGUCCAGCCACCAUCUCCUGACAAGGCAUUCCCACUAUAGCUCCCUGCUAAAUAUUAAUAACCGUGGAAGACUCACAAGGAAUGUGAGGUACUUCCCUUCCCCCAGGGGUUGAGUUUGCUGCCUACAUAGCAUUUUUCAGUCCCUUGCUAGCCUAAAUAUGCAGUUUCAUGUGCUUUAUAUGUGGCUGCAUGCAAUGUGACUUCAGUAGAGCCCAAAGGAACAUAAGAACGGCCAUAUUGAGUCAGAUCAAAGGUCCAUCUAGCCCAGUAUUCUGUCUUCAGACAGUGGUCAAUGCCAGGUGCUUCAGAGGGAGUGAAUAGAACAGGUGAUCAUCAAAGGAUCCAUCCCCUGCCACCCAUUCCCAGCUUCUGGCAAUCAGAUCAUCUGCUUUCAUAGUGUUACAAUUACUAUUGUACCAUGCCUGUUACAGUAAUUUAUUUGAGAAGUUCAGGAGAGUAGGAAACCAUUCAAAAGUCUCUCAGCUAUAGAUUGAGCUGAAUAACAUGUCAGAAUACCACUUCACAAAUGCUCAGUGCAAACCAUACAAAAUAUACAGCUGAUUGGAGGAUUCAUUCCCUGCCUUGGAAGUUAAAUAAGUGUUCUAAACCAGAAAAUGAAUAAUUGUGUGAAGGUGAAUUUCCUCAGCUUUCCCCUGCCAUUAAAUCAGCAGGUUAUUCUGCUAACUUUACUAAAUUGUUGGUUGCAUUGUAUGAGUGCAACUUGAACUUUAUAACAGCAAUUUAUCAGUAAUAGUAAACCAGGCACCAUCAAUGGAUUUGUUGGCAGUGUAUUAAGAAUUUAUUUAAAAUCUGUAAAACAGCAUAAACUCAUAGGUCAGGUUUUCCAAAAAAGAUAUUAAUACACAGUCAGACUUGGACCAAAAGACAAAAAAAGUUUUGUUUCCAAUUCAAAAAAUACAAACUUUUGCUACAGGUACAAAAUUAUAAAAAGUUUAUUUUUUUCCUCUUGAUCUGGUGACGUACAUAUACAGAAGUGAUAUAUAUUCCACCAGCUCCAAUUGAUGGAAACUAUGGGAAAUUAUAAAAGAAAAAUGUCAUGGUUAGGAAGAAAUCAGGAAACAAGUUUUGUCUUUUAUUUAACCAGAUGUGAACACUGUUGUUUUAUUCCUUUGUACUUUUUUUUUGCCAACAUUUAAAUUAAUGUCUUUCAUGCUUCAUAUCACAAUUGGAGAAAAAACAGCAAUUCUGCCUCAUGCAUUAAUUCUAACAUUUCAUCACAUUGUGUCUCCUCACUGUGCUCCAUUCAUUAGUUAGAAAGCUUGAUAUUUUUAUUGACAGCAUUUAUGCAAUGGUGGUUAACAUCGGGAUUGCUGUAUUGAGAGAAUGAAGUCUGGACCCCUAAAUGUUCACAUACCAAUCCACUAUAUAAACUUGGAAAUUCUCCAAGUGGCAUGAAAUUUAGUUUUGCAUCUUGUUCUACUUGGAUUUGCUUGCAGUAGCAUGAGCUCAUUUGACCUAGAAAUUCUACUGAACACCCAUUUCAGUAAAAAAACAUGUGCAUUUUCUUUAUCAUGCAAGGAUGCAGAAGUCCCAGAACAUCUAUUCUCUGUGGUUUGCAAUGGGCUUCUGCAUCUAAGAAGCCUGUAUGCAUUUUAAAUGGAUUUGUGCUUGAAAUUCCCAUUCUGUUUCAUGUGGACAACCAGCAUUACUGAUCAGAGGAAUCCCAAACAAAUGCUGUCAAUAAAAAUGAGAAACAGCUCAUUUCCUUUAAAACAAAACAAAAAGACAGAAUCUUAUUUUCAGGGACCAGUGAGAUCUUUGACAUGUGAACAUACCAUUUUGUAAUGUUUGAUAUAUUACUUUAACCUGCUGAAGGACUCACUGAGCUUGUAAUCUCUCUUCCAUCGAUGAGCUGGCCAAGAUGUUUUAUUAUUAUUCUAUAGCAAGGUUAAUGCUUUGCUUUGCUAUUAAAAAAGACCCUGCAAAGGUGGCAAAACCUGAGAUUAGGCCUAACAAUUUCGCUUUGUUAACUAUCUGUUUUGGAAUGCAGGAUUCCAGUACUUUUCAGCAUCUUACCUUCUCAUGGGACCCGGUCGGCAAAGCAGAGCUGUAGUCUGGUAAACAUCCCUAGAUCAUAAUCUCAGACACAGUGCUUUGCAUUUGUUGGUGGUGGAUUAGUCUUGAUUUUAUCUCUUUACCUUGUUUAUUCAAUAUUAUCCAUAUUAAAGUAAGAAGGCAAAAAAACUAUAUAUCACAUUUCUUCUUGCUCUAGAACAUCUAAGAAACUAGGGUAUCCAGUGCUCUUUGCCAUCUUUUUAAAUUACACUUUAAAACAAACAAACAGAACCCCAUAACACUUACAGUACAACAACAGAUUACCAGCCAAAACCAACUACAGCAAUACAUUACAGUGUUCUUAUUUACAAUAUGAUGGAAUAUUAUGUAUAUAAUAAAUUACAUUAAUACUUUUCCUCUUAAACUCUGA